AUGGGUGGGUUUCUGUUGAACCUAAAAAACAAAGUCCAGAAGCCAUCCAAGCCUGGAAAUAGGCUUACAAAGAGAGCAAAUGUGGGAAAUCUUGCUUCUCUGAAGAAUUUAUUAGACGAUGAUCGUCAUGAAGAAAGCUCUACUAAAACGUCAAUAGAUGCUUUCCUGGAGAAGGGAGCUAUGGCUGGUGAAACCCAUGUGAAUGAGAGAAAGACGCUUGUCAUCAAGCCCCAAUCUUUGUCUAGUGGCAUAGUACGAAGGAAGAAAGGGUCUUUUGAAAAGAAAGAUGAGUCAAACAACAUUGACGAGUCUCGUGCAAGUUUACUCGAAGGUAAAAGCGUCGAUGACACUGGGUUAGUCAUUUUAGGUGACGCAAACGAUACCUCCGAACCUACAGAACAGGAUUAUGGCGAAGUUCCUGUCGAUCAAUUUGGAGCAGCGCUUCUACGAGGGAUGGGUUGGGACGGCAGAGAAGACGUUCAAGAUAAGAAGGAUAUAAGUCAUAGACAACGAGGUACAAUGCUAGGUAUAGGGUCGAAGCCGCUAGACGAAGAUGUUGAAAAAGACAUAAUGGGUGAUAAGAGAACAAAGCUACUGGUACCGCUCAAAAUCCGUGAAAAGUAA